AUGCCUACCCCCAGCUUACUGUACGUCACCAUGCAGCCGCGGCCAGGCCUCUCGGCCGCCCAGUUCCACGACUGGUACAACAACGAGCAUGGCCCGCUGCGUCUGCGACUGCCCUUCAUCCCGAAUGGCUUCCGCUACCGCGCGACCGACGGCGACGGCGACUACAGCGAGUCGAAGCCCGAAUGGCUGGCCUUCUACGACGUCGCUGACUCGGUCGAGUUCACGCGCCCGCCCUACACGACUCUCCGCGAGGAUGCCGUCAAGACGCCGCGCGAGAAGGACACCAUGGCCCAGAUCGCCGUCGACCGCCGCAUGUACGACUUUAUCCAGGAGUGGCGCGCCGAUGACUACCAGCCGCUCGACCGCAUCGAUGCCUCGCCCGCCGGCCACGUCCUCGUCGCCGUCAGCUUCUACCUCCAGGACCCCAGCCAGGAAGCCGAGCUGGACCGCUGGUACCGCGAGGAACACGUCAACCUGCUGUCCAAAGUGCCUGGAUGGCGCCGCUCCCGCCGCUUCGUCACCUCGUCCGUGACGAACCCGAAGCCGUCUGAAAAGGAGUAUCUCGCCCUGCACGAGUACGCCCCCCAGAACGGGCUCGGCGGCCCCGAGUUCCAAGCGGCGACUAGCACGCCCUGGACGCAGGAAAUCUACAGCAAGGUCGUCCGCGACAGGAAGCGCCGCGUGUACGAGUGGCACUACACCUUUGGCCCCGCGCCCCGCGACCUGCAGCCCCUGGCCAGCCCAGACUAUGCUGCGACGUUCACCUCGCGCGACGGACUGACCAAGACCUUCACCGCGUCUCAGUCGGGCACCAACUGGCCCGUGAUCGAGUCGUACGUGACGACAGCAGACGGCGUCACGAUUCCGUACCGACUGGAGGGCGCUCCAGACCGGGACGCGCCGCUGAUCGUGCUGAGCAACUCGAUCCUGACGGACUGGGGCAUCUGGGACGACUUCCUGCAGGCGUUCUUUGCCGUUCCGCAGAACAAGGUCUACCGUGUCCUGCGCUACCGGACCCGCGGCCGGAAUAACGACGGGGGCAAGCUGCCCGUGACGAUCGAUCUGCUGGCGCAGGACCUGAUCACGCUGCUGGACGCGCUGCGUGUGCCGAAAGCGGCCGCCCUGAUCGGAGUCAGUCUGGGCGGCGUGACGGUGCUGAACACGGCGCUGAAAUAUCCUGCCCGCGUGGGCAGUUUCAUCUCCAGCGACACCAACGCCGUCGCUCCGGCUAGCAACCCCAAGGCGUGGGCGGAGCGGAUCGCCCUGGCGGAGGGAGACACGGACUACCCCGUCGACGCCGAGGGCGCGCGCCUGAUAGGCGAGAAGCUGGCCGAGGCGACAGUACGCCGGUGGUUCGUAGCCGAGAGCUUCGAUGGCGGCGCGCAGGAAGCCCGAGCAGCGAAAGUUAAGGAGUACGUCCGGACGAACCGGCUCGACGGGUUCAAGCAGAGCGUGCAGGCGCUGUACGCGUACGAUGUACGCGAGCAGAUGAAAUCGGGGCAGGUCAGGGGCAUCUUCACCGUCGGCAGCGGCGACGGCAUCCUGCCGAACACGAUGAAGGAGAUGGCGGCAAGCUACGCGAACGGAGUGCCCCUGCAUGUCAUCGAGAGAGCAGGACAUCUGCCUAUGGCGGAGCAGCCCGAGAAGUUUGCGCAGGUCGUCACGGAGUUUUUGCAGGGGAAUUAA